AUGGCAGCAUUUAUAGCCAAGCAAGUUGUUGGAGAUAAGCUAUCCUCUGUAAAAGGAGCAAUUGGGAAAGAGGAAGAGGGAGGAGGCGGCAACGAGAAAGAUGAUGCAGAAGCAGCAGAGAUUGAAGAAGCUAGGCGGGAGAUGGAGGAGAAAAGAAAAGAGAAGCACAGAAAGUUGGAGGAAGAAAGAGAAGUUAUGAGACAGGGAAUCCGUGAUAAG